GCUGCCGAGAGAAUUUUAAUGGUGGCCGUUCAAUUCCCACUGUGUAGUUCACUUGAGCAUCAGAUCUGUCUAAUUCUUCGGUUCGUAGGCUAAAAUUAUCUGGCAAAAUGGGUGGGCGGCAUGGAUAAAAGCCAUACAUCAAGGUGGGCCCCACAGAGCCAUGCCUGUACGGAUUAUCGUCCAGGCGGGUGCCGGACGCCAUCCGCUUCCCAAUAAAACAGAGAGAGAGACGGAUUGGCUUCUUCGUUGUUGCUGGAGACCGAAGACCUCGACCGGAGGUAAAACCCUAAACCUAGUUUCUAUUCCAUUCUCACUAGGAACGAAACCCGAAUACCAUCUCCAGCGACCAAAACGAAAAGGUAAAGAAGGGAAACCCUAACCCUAACCUCGUAACUAUAAUUCCUCCUACUCCAAAUUUGAGAAAAGCAGAGAAUCGGAAGAGAGAGAGAUGGGUAAGAAGAAGAAGCGGGCGUCGAAGGUGUGGUGCUACUACUGCGACCGGGAGUUUGAUGACGAGAAGAUAUUGGUGCAGCAUCAGAAGGCGAAGCACUUCAAAUGCCACGUGUGCCACAAGAAGCUCUCGACUGCCGGAGGAAUGGCCAUCCACGUCCUCCAGGUCCACAAGGAGAGCGUUACUAAGGUGCCAAAUGCUAAACCUGACAGAGAAUCAACUGAAAUCGAAAUUUUUGGGAUGCAAGGAAUCCCUCCAGAAAUUUUAGCAGCUCACUAUGGGGAUCAUGAUGAAGAUGCACCAUCAAAGUUAGCUAAGGUGGAGAUUCCGUCUGCUGGAUUUGUUGGUGGUGUUGUACCAGGAACAUUAGGCAUGGGGUUUCCUCCACAAUCAGCUUAUGGUGCAAUGCAACCAAUAUACAAUUCUGCGGCAUUAGCGGUGCAGGCUUCAGGUUGGCAGAUUCCUCCUCGUCCUCAGCCUUGGUUUCCAUCACAUCCAGCAGCCUCAAUGCCUCCUCCUGCAAACGUGGGGCUGACACAACAACAGCCUCUGUUUCCUAUACAGAACACAAAUCUACCUCUGUCAACCUCUACUCCUACACUUAAACCAUCAUUUUCAAUAAGUCCACCUGGACUUCCCUCAUCAACACCUCCUGUCCCUGUAUCACAGCCUCUAUUUCCCAUUACAGCUAAUAAUAGUUCACCUGCUCAAAGCUCACCAUUUUCAGCAGCUUCACUUCCAGCAACCAUUCCAUCAACCUCUCCAACGGAAUUUAAGAACUCAAUUGACACAAAUUCGGUGCCAAGUAUCUACGCUGCUUCAAGCAUCCAAGGUGGUGUACCAUUCACUGGCUCACAUAUGUACGCUUCUGGUCCAAAUACCGGCGGUCCUUCUAUCGGGCCACCGCCUGUGAUAUCUAACAAAGCCCCUGCAGCCCAACCGGCCACCAAUGAAGUUUAUUUAGUUUGGGAUGAUGAGGCAAUGUCCAUGGAGGAAAGAAGAAUGUCCCUAACGAAGUAUCAGGUGCAUGAUGAAACUAGCCAGAUGAACUCCAUUGAUGCAGCCAUAGACAGGAGGAUAUCUGAAAGCAGGCUUGCAGGUCGUAUGGCAUUCUAACUUAGUGGUCAUCUGGCAUUCUAACUUGGUGGUCAAGCAGUAGGUGCGCAACAGCGCUCCUCACAAGUUCUUUUGCUUUGGAGGUGGAAGUUCUAAAACAACCUGGGUUCUGUCACAAGAGUAAGUCGCAAACUCAUCUUGGAAGUUGUUUUUGGGCCUACCAGUCGUUAGGGUUUAUCGAUGUUGUAUUCUUUUGAGAUAAUUUCAGAGUCAUUUCUUUAUCUGCUCUGGAGGUCUCGGGAGGAGCCACCGUUGAUAUUUUCAUGUCAUCUUGGAUUUUGUUCUUCAUAUAAAUGUCAUACAUCUCAAUUCUUCCUCAAGAUGAUACUGACUAUAGAAUGGAGACAUUCUAUUUGCAUUGGAGGGAGCAUCUUUCAUGGAGAAUGUAGUUAGGAGCUUUAUGCCA